AUGAAUAAAGUUAAGAAAGCCGUUGGAAACCUCAUUUCUCAAGACAACAGACAUGACACCACUGUGGAUGAGGAAACUCGACAGCCAGUCACUAGCGAACACGUUCAGCCACAGCAGCAAGAAAACAUAAGGACCGCCGUGGAGAAAGAGACCCAUCAAGACCACCAUCAUACUACGGUUCAACCGGUUAAUACCAAAGAAGUUCUCCCAGAAAAGCAUUCUCACAAGGUGCUACCAACCGAACACAAAACUUUUGAGCACGGUAACGACAAAAAUGUCGAAUCCUACCUCAACCGUGAUGCCGCCAAAUAUAAGGACACAUCCGUUGUCCACAAAACCACACACGAAAGCGCAACUGAAGCGCCUGUCUUCGCGGGCGAACGAGUCCAUCACCACGUGCACGAGCAUGUCCAGCCAGUAAUCCAAAAGGAAACCAUUGCUCCAGAAGUUGUACACACUACUGUUCCAAUCCAUGAGACUCAUCAAGCUGGGGCUGUGCAUCAUGGGACUAAGGUCUUGCCUCCUAAAACCAUGGAAGAGUUCACCGGCCAACGAGGUUCGCUUCAAAGCAAAGGGUCUCAUGUGACUGAUGAGUUUGAGGGAUGUCCAACAUUUGAUCCCAAAGAUUUGCAGAAGCAUUCUGCUGAGGGCGUAGGGAAAUGA